AGCGCUCCGCUCCAGCCAUCGCAUUGGCCGGGAGCGACGUCUCUCCGGGGGAUUAUCCGUGUCCGCGUAGGUCGGUGACGGUGCGCAGCGCUGAGCCGAGCGGGGCCGUGAGGGGAAGUCGAGCAUUUAAAAACCGCCCAGGGAAGACACCGCGCGAACGGGGGCUAGUUUUGUCUUUCUUUUUUUUUAAAUUUUUAAUUCCUCUGCUGCCUCCCGCCCUCCUUCCCUCCUCGUCCCUGGUUCACUCCACGAUGCAGCGCCGGUUUACCUGAGCAAGUGUUUUUUUCUCUUUUUUUUCUUUCCCUUUCUUAUUCCCACCAAACGAGGACCUGGCUGUGACUUUUCUUUUUUUAAAAUUUUUAAUUUAACGUAAUUAAAAUUUCCGCGUAGGACCGCUGCUGCCAACCCGAAACAAACAGCGGGACUCCUGCUUGUGUUCGACUCGAGAGAGGAGCGAGGUAACGUAGGCAGGCUUUGCUCUGGGAUACAUCUCCGCCCGCUUGUUUACAUGUUGUAAUUGGAUUUUCCAUCCAUCAGCAGCAGCAGCAGCAGCAGAUCAGGGGAUCCCCUCCAUCCUCCUUCCUCUUGUUCCUCCUUCUCCCGUUUUUUUUCUUUUCUUGCCGGCUCGUCCAGGUUUGAGAAAGGAGAAGAUGGGGCUACCUGCUCUGGAGUUCAGUGACUGCUACCUGGACAGCCCGCAGUUUAGGGAGAGACUCAAGUCCCACGAGCUGGAGCUGGACAAGACCAACAAGUUCAUCAAGGAGCUGAUCAAGGACGGGAAGGCGCUGAUCCAGGCUCUCAAAAGUCUGUCGACAGCCAAGAGGAAGUUUGCCGACUCUCUCAACGAGUUUAAAUUCCAGUGUAUCGGAGACGCUGAGACGGAUGAUGAGAUAUGCAUCGCCAAGUCUCUUCAGGAGUUUGCUACAGUCCUUCAGAACCUGGAGGACGAGAGGACACGCAUGAUCGAAAACGCCAGCGACGUGCUGAUCAUGCCUCUGGAGAGGUUCAGGAAAGAACAGAUCAGCGCAGCCAAGGAAGCAAGGAAAAAGUACGACAAAGAGACCGAGAAGUAUUGCGCAGUGCUGGAGAAACACCUCAGCCUAUCGGCUAAAAAGAAGGAGUCCCAUCUGCAUGAGGCGGACAACCAGGUUGAUAACGUGCGGCAGCAUUUCUACGAGGUGUCCCUGGAGUACGUCUUCAAGGUGCAGGAGGUCCAAGAGAGGAAGAUGUUUGACUUUGUGGAACCCCUGUUGGCGUUCCUCCAAGGCCUGUUCACCUACUAUCACCACGGCUACGAGCUGGCAAAGGACUUCAACCACUUCAAGACUGAUCUCACCAUCAGCAUACAGAAUACGAGGAACCGCUUCGAGAGCACGCGGUCAGAGGUGGAGGGCCUCAUGAGGAAGAUGAAGGAGAACCCGCAUGAACACAAGAGUGUCAGCCAGCACACCAUGGAGGGAUACCUGUUUGUGCAGGAGAAGCGCUCUUUUGUAUCUACCUGGGUGAAGUACUACUGUACGUACCACCGUGAGCCCAAGAGGGUCACCAUGGUCUUGUUUGACCCUAAAUCUGGAGGGAAAACGGGAGAAGAGGACAGUUUCACCCUCAAGUCUUGCACCAGGAGGAAGUCGGACUCGAUUGAAAAGAGGUUCUGCUUUGAUGUGGAGGCUCUGGACAGGGCGGGGGUGAUCACCAUGCAGGCGCUGUCAGAAGAAGACCGCAGGUUGUGGAUGGAGGCCAUGGACGGCAGGGAACCGGUAUACAAUCUGAACAGAGACAACCAGGCAGAAGGCCAGGCUCAGCUGGACGUGACCGGGUUCAACGUGAUGAAAAAGUUUUUUCAUGCGGUGGAGACUCGAGGUAUCGAUGAUCAGGGCUUGUACAGAAUUGUUGGUGUCAGCUCCAGAGUACAAAAACUGCUUGGUCUCGCUAUGGAUCCCAAGACCUGUGCUGACGUGGAGCUGGAAAACCCAGAGUGGGAGAUCAAAACUAUCACGAGUGCUAUCAAGCACUAUCUCAGAGUGCUGCCCGGGCCUCUCAUGACGUACCAGUACCAGAGGAGCUUCAUCAAAGCUGCAAAGCUGGACAACCAAGAGGCUCGGGUGACGGAGGUCCACGCCCUGGUGCACCGGCUGCCGGAAAAGAACAGACAGAUGCUGGAGCUGCUGAUGAAACAUCUGGCCACUGUGGCCAGUCAUCACCAUCAGAACCUGAUGACCAUCGCCAACCUGGGCGUGGUCUUCGGGCCAACGCUGCUCCGCCCGCAGGAGGAGACGGUCGCGGCCAUCAUGGACAUCAAGUUCCAGAACAUUGUGGUGGAGAUCCUCAUUGAGCACCACGAGAAGAUUUUCCGAGACGUGCCGGUUUCGGCGGGCGGCGCCACCAGCCUGCAGCUCAACCCGUCCAGGCGGAGAAGCACGGACAGCAAAGCCCCGUCCUGCAGCGAAAGGCCCCUCACACUUUUCCACACGCCAACACAUUCCCAGAAAGGUGAAAAGAGGAGGAACAGCGUCGCCACGGCGGCUGAACCGCAGCAGCCGGUGGCCUCGUCCACCAACUGCAGCAACAACGGCAGCAACAACAGCAGCAGCAGCAACAGCAACAGCAGCAGCGGCCAAAGCCAAGGCCGGACCCCGAGGCACAGCCUGACCAGCAACGACGGGGAGCAGGACGCCCGUGCCAUCCGGCCCAGCUCACUGCUGAACCCAAAGAGUCGUGGCAGCACACCGGCCAACGCCACGUCCCCCAGCCCCACCUCGCCGCGCUCCCCCUCCUGGCCCAUGUUCUCCGCCCCGUCCAGUCCGGGGCCGACUUCCUCCGCCUCCAGCGACUCCUCCCCCGUCAGCGCGGCGGCGGGCAGGAAGGCGCGAGCGCUCUACGCCUGCAAGGCCGAGCAUAACUCCGAGCUGUCCUUCAUCGCCGGGACCAUCUUCGAAAACGUUCACGGCUCCCGGGAGCCCGGCUGGUUGGAAGGGACUCUGGAUGGCCGGACGGGAUUGAUACCACAAAACUAUGUUGAGUUUUUGUAGUUCAGGACCAAAAACCGACUGGCGUAACAAAACUGGACUGGAUGGGUUUGACUGCACAAGACUGAACCAACUAUUAGACGUUGUAUUAUUAUUAUUAUUAUUAAGGCCUGGACCGCUGCGGCCUCGCAUGUCCCCCGGAAAAGGGACAAAGCAGAGAGAUAUGAAGCGGGACCAAAGGAGAGACUCAUGAAUUGCACUGGAGAAGAAGAAGAAGAAGAAGAAGAAGAGUCCCGGGGUGUUUGGCUGAAGGCUAACCAAUCACAAACAUCCAAUUGAUCACCAGGCCAUUGGAGGGAAUCUGGUGUAUAAAUGAGUGGAUGUUUCUGGGAUCUAAAGGCUUUUCAGCUCCUGCUUUAUUACUUCAAACUGCACUGCUUCAGAAUCCAGGAAUAGAAAAGCUUCUUUGCGGGGGGGGGGGGGGGGUUCACUGAUUUCCCUGAUUGGCUUUGGGUCAAACGGCUGUAAACGUGUUGGUGAGGGCUUGCCGUGGAUAACGCUUCGGAGCACUUGUUGAGCAGCGGGGGCCCCGAGGCAGACCGCCACGGGAGGGGGGGGUUCGUCCUCACCCGGUGCCUCCCUCUGUUCAGAAACAAAUUGCAAAUCCAGUAUCUCAUUAUUUCAGGAUGUUGUGAAGUGGACGGUUGGUGUUUUUUUUAAUGCUUAUGGUUGAUGACGUUUUGAACAGCGUUCAACUGCUUCGCUGUCGAUUUUUUUUCACUUUCAACAGAAUAGAGCAAAAAAAUGGGAGGAAAAAAAACAAUCGUCAUGGAUCUUUUUAUUUUUCAUGCAGAACCGCAAGACAGUACUACUGUAUGUAAUGUAAUUAUCUGACCUGGACAUUUAGAAAGCUCCUUUAUGAGUAAAGGAAAUGCAGAUGUGCAAGUUUUGGGAUUUGAAGAAAAGAAAACAUGAUUUUUUUUUUUGCACGCCGGUCUGUUUCGGGGCUCCAGUCCUCAUUCCGUGAAUCAAAGCUGAACCUUUUACUUAAAACCCCUCGGCGAUAAUCUGCAUCAAAGCUUUUGGUCGUUAUUUCCUUCAGAAAACGGAGCAUUGAAAGAGGGGGAAAAAAAGAAGAAAAAAAAAAACCUUAAAUGUGAAUUGACUACUUUGUUCAUAUUUGAACUUAUUUAUGAGAGUUUCUUAAAGACUUAAUUUUAAACUGUAUUCAUUGUUGAGGUGUUUGUUGUCAUUGUAAAUAGAUACAAAGCAUUCGACAAGUUAUGUUUUUUUUUUUAUUAUUAUGAAAUUUUAUAUUUUGUAUUUUUAGGAUACUAACUUAAUUUCUUAAUUUUUUCCGUGUCGCCAAGAUAUUUUGUACCAUUUAAGUCUAUCUACGGCCUUAAAUAUUCGUUCAGACGUUUUGGUGAAUUGACAAGAUUGUGCGGAAUAAAGAUUAAUGUUCAUUAGGUGCCGGUCUCUGAUGGUUUCUUUCACAGGAAGUGGAAUCCACGCUCAGACCACGCAGUGUUUCUUGUGUUUGAACCAAUCAAUCAAAUCUGAAAUUAAAAAUGUGUGGAAUCGCAGCAAUAAAGGGUUUAACUCGCAGCUGUGACCCAAAUGGUUCAGAACACAAACCAACGAAUCAAUUAGAA